AUGUCCCUCCCAACGACCACCCACGACCUCCGUCGCCUCCCAGAGACGCAGCAGCCCCAACCAACCACCGACAAUUAUUACAACUACUCCAACUACUCCAACUCAAUUACCAUAACUUUUACCCAGCUCUUCACCCUUCUUGGUGCCCUUCUCACCCUCAAGUUCUACCAUGGCCUAUCAACCCUCUCGCACGGCAAGAGACCCGCCCAUCAGUCCAUCGAGGAGCUCGAACGCCGCAUCGUGGCUCUUUUUCAGGCUAUCGUUCCAGAGGGGCUGUAUCAGGUGAACUCGAGGGGUUCAAACUCGGGAUCGGGAUCUGAUGCGGCGUCGAGACACUCGUUUCCUUGUGACAAUGGCGGGAACAAGAGUGGGAACGGGAGUGGGAAACGAAAUGGAAAUGGAAGUGCGGCGAGAUCGAUGGCAUCGGCGUCUACCCAUCGUCUUCAGCCAGGAAAUGCGAUGAUCGAUUUGGACAAUGCAACUACCGAAGAAGGAUCUGCGCACAGUCCCCUCAUGAGGGUUACGACGAAUAUCGCCCCCGCUAUACGCAUGUCGCAGGGCCUGUCGAGGAUGUCGGGGGAACAGCUCGUUCGGACGGCCACAGCUGGAACGACCAUCACGGAGAGCAUUCCGGAGAUGUCGUUGGAUAAUAUUCACGGUGACAACCGCCAAUCGUUUGCUUCGUGUCAGGCAUACUGUGGAUCUAUGUCUUCUGCUGCUCCUCCCCCUGUGUCUGCCUAUGCAGCUUAUAGACCAGGCACUCCUUCUUUUUGUCCGCCGCCACAGAAUACGCCUGAGUCAGGUACGCCCGCUAUUACCAACCUAGACCGGUUCAUUCUGCAGGUCAGGCCGCCGCGGUCCACUUUCAUAGGCCGCUUUCCGACGGAUGAGGAUGGAUGGUCGCCGAUUGUCAGCCAAAGAGAACUGACUAACGAGUCUGAGGAAGAGUCACCAACGAACAGGCUUAACAAGUGGCCCGGGGUCGAGCAGGAGCAGUCGCGGUCGUCGAGUCACGAAGAAGAAUCACCAAAGAACGAGCUUGUAAAGUGGCGGUUUGGCAAGGAAGAUGUGGAUGAUGUCCACUCAUCAAUCUACGACGCGGAAGGUGUGGAGACUGACUCAAAUUCGGAUGAGGAUGGGAAUGAAGAUGACGAUGGAGAUGGGGAGGGUGGAUUAAAGUUGGUGUUGGUCCGUUCGGCUGAGAGCUAUCCAGGCAAGUUUCCUGUUAGUGAAGGGCUGCCAUUGGAGGCGUUGGCGACGGCUCCUAUUUGCUUGAGAGGAAAGGCGCAGACUUCUGUGAGGCCGCUAUCGGAGAUUUGA